AUGAUUAUCUACAAGGAUGUUGUGACCGGAAGCGAGAUGUUCUCGGACGCUUACGACCCUAAGCUUAUUGAUGAUGUCGUUUACGAGGUCGACUGCACAAUGAUCACUAUCGACGCCGUCAACGUUGACACUGGCGCCAAUGCCUCAGCUGAGGAAGCCGAGGAGGCUCUCGAGGACGGCCCCACCAAGGUCAACAACAUCAUCCACUCAUUCCGCCUCCAGAGCUCCAGCUUCGACAAGAAGAGCUACAUGACCCACCUCAAGGGAUUCUUCAAGGCUAUCAAGAAGCACAAGCAGGAAAAUGGUGCCUCUGAAGAGGAGAUUAAGGCCUUCGAGGAUAAGGCCACCAAAUUCGUCAAGAACAAGCUUCUUCCCAACAUGAAGGACUUCGAGUUCUACAUUGGAGAGCAUUUCGACCCCGAUGGAAUGGAAGAUGGUAUCACGCCGUUUUUCACGUUCUGGAAGGACGGUCUUACUGAGAUGAAGUGCUAA